CCAUUACCUGACAAUUUUUGUAUAUUGUAAAAUGUUACACUCCGGACGCAGUCUCGUGUUGCUUGGUUUGAUUUUGUCCUUAAUGGCGUUUUUAAUAACAGCCGAAGCCGACAAUGCAGCACCGCCAUCAGAGGAAGAUGACAAUUCAUCCUCAGAGGAAACCGUUGAAGAUUCCAACGAGUCUCGUCCCAAACGAUCAUUGGAGGCAACAAGUGGGGAAAAUACAAAUAAAGGCGGUGAUGGAAAGUUAGCGGGAAAAGCUGGUAUACCAGGCUUACCUGAUCCAACAACAAUUCUCAAAAUAGUGGAGAUUCUUCAAACCUUGGGUGAGAAAGUCGUGCCGAUACUUGUCGAAGCGAUUGGAUAGUGGCAAUUUUAACUUUUAAAUACGCAUACAUACGUGCAUGUGUACAUAUCAACUUGUAAAUACGUCAUUAUAAUUUAAUUUAUGUAACAACACUGAACGAAAUUAUAUUUAUAAACACUUUUUAA